AUGCUUCCUUCAAAUGCCGACCCUCCUGCAGCGGUGACCCGGAAUGAAGAUGACUGGUCCCCCUACGAGGACCGCGUGGCGUUUGAGCUCGCCGACCUUUUGUAUACAAAGGAACAGAUGCCUGCGGGGAACAUCGACUCCAUUCUUGAGUUGUGGGCGGCAUCGCUGGCCAGGUUCAACACUACUCCUCCAUUCCACAACCACGCAGAUCUAUACGAGACUAUUGACGACACACCACUCGGGGGCGUCAGGUGGCAAAGUUUCGAUAUCACCUACAGCGGACCCCUUCCCGAUAAUGAUUCGGACGUACUUCCUUGGAUGAAGGACAAACACUCGGUCUUUUUCAGGGAUCCUCUCGAGAUUGCCCACAACAUGCUGUCAAACCCCGACUUCAAGGACGAGAUUGACUUCGCUCCGCUGCGAGAAUUCGGCCCAGACUCAACACGUCGGCUUCGUAACUUCAUGGGAGGCGAGUGGGCAUGGAAUCAAGCUGAUGCCAUAGCUGAGCUGCCCGGAUGCGCUAAUGCUGCGCUCGUUCCUAUAAUCCUCGGUAGCGACAAAACGACGGUUUCUGUGGCGACAGGACAGAACGAGUACUAUCCACUCUACAUCUCGAUUGGGAACGUACACAACAACGUGCGGCGUGCCCACAGGAAUGCGGUCGCGGUUAUUGCAUUUCUGGCGAUUCCCAAGACUAAUAAACGCGACAACAAUGACAUGUUGUUCACCAAAUUCCGCCGGCAACUUUUCCACAGUUCCCUUUCACGCAUCUUAAGCACUCUUCGUCCUUGGAUGGAGACGCCAGAGAUAGUCCGCUGUGGAGACGGUCAUUUCCGAAAGGUCGUAUACAGUAUUGGCCCUUACAUUGCAGACUAUCCGGAACAAGCUCUCGUAGCCUGUAUUGUACAAGGCUGGUGCGCCAUCUGUACUGCGCCAUCGGGGGACCUCGACAGUAAAGAUCGCCUCUUGAGGACCCGAGAACACACGGAACAUCUAGUUCGGGAAUACGAGCUAGGAGAUCUUUGGUAUAGUUAUGGAAUUGUUGGAGAUGUCGUGCCUUUCACAAAUGAUUUCCCUAGGGCUGACAUCCAUGCCCUGAUAUCACCCGACAUCCUGCACCAGUUGAUUAAAGGCGCAUUCAAGGAUCAUCUUGUAACCUGGGUCGAGAGGUACCUGAAGAUUACACACGGGGAGACAAGGAUGAAGGAGAUCCUCGCCGAGGUCGACCGUCGUAUUGCAGUUGUUCCUCCGUUUUCGAAGCUGAGGCAUUUCCAUGAAGGCAGGGGAUUCAAACAAUGGACAGGGGACGAUUCGAAGGCUUUGAUGAAGGUCUAUCUUCCAGCUAUCGACGGGCUCGUUCCAGCAGAAGUGAUACGUUCUAUUCGGAACUUCCUUGACUUCUGCUACCUCGCUCGUCGUGAAGAGCUUGAGGAUGAAACCAUCGCCGACAUCGAGCGCGCUCUUGCUGCUUUCCAUCAAAACCGCGAGGUCUUCCGCGAAACAGAUGUCCGCGAGCACUUCUCCCUUCCCAGACAACACUCCCUCAUGCACUAUGUGGACCGCAUCUGGGACUUUGCAGCACCGAACGGCCUCUGCUCUUCCAUCACGGAAUCGAAGCACAUCAAAGCAGUCAAAGAACCUUGGAGGCGUUCAAACCGCUAUGAGGCUCUUGAGCAGAUGUUGCUAACGAACCAGCGUCUAGACAAGCUUGCAGCGGCUCGUGUGGACUUCAAGGAGCGUGGGAUGCUGAAAGAAAGCCCUUUGAGAGCUGCUCGGAGGGAAUUGGGGCUUAACGCACGCGAUGAUGGCUUAUCGGUAUUGGAACACGCAGAUGACUCUUCUUCAGAGUCUGACGGAGACGUAUCGCCCCCACAGCACCCGCGCGAUACGGAUCCAAAUGAGGAAGAGGGUGCGGUCGAUGGUCCAACGGUCACAUCGUACAUGGCCAUGGCUGCAACACCUCAGCGUCAACAUGGAAAGACAAUAUGCACCAUCGCACGCGACUUCAAGAUACCCAAGCUGCAGGAAUAUAUCAGACGUUUUCUCUACCACCAACUCCACCCUAAUGGCGAUAUCAGCGGUUCCGAGCUUCCCUUGGACCUCUGCCCCCCAUUUUCCGAGGAGGAAAAGUCCCUUGCGGUUUAUUACUCUGCCGCUGCAACCUACUACGCGCCGAGCGAUCCAUCGGGCAUCGGAGGAAUGCACCGGGAGAUUGUGCGUGCCGCACCUAGCUGGCGCGGUGGUCCCGCUCGAUUUGACUGCGUCUUGGUCAAUAAGCGGAAUGAGAAGCCGGGGCUGCUAGGGAUGGACGUAGCCCGCAUUCUUGUUUUCCUUCGCAUCAAGCACAUGGGAAGGUUCUAUCCCUGCGCUGUCGUCCACUGGUUCCACCGGAGCUUCGAUGAGCCCGACAAGGACACCGGGAUGUGGAUCGUGCGGCCAACCUUCACGGGUAUAGGAAGAAAUCACAUUCGGGUUAUUUCCAUCAUACAUCUCGACGUCAUCGUACGUGCCGCUCACCUCAUUGGAGUCAGCUCACGCACAGAAACCCCAGAAGAGUUACAGAGUCACCAGUCCUUAGACCAUUUCACCUCGUUCUAUGUCAACAAGUAUGUCGACCAUCAUGCUUUCGAGAUUCUUCACCAACCAUACCCUGCUACCUGA